GCGCGCGGGGCGAGCAGCGCGGCGGCGGCGCUGGAGCAGCGGCUCUCCCCGGCCGCGAGCCCCGCUCCGCUGCCCCGACGCUCGGGGCCCUGCAGCUCGGCCCGCCCUGGCGCCGGGAGCGGGCGCCGGGGGCGGCGUGGGCUCGGCUCUCCGGCGCGCUCCCUCUCCGCCGCCGGCAGCCUCCGAGCCGCGGAGCCCCGAGGAGCCGAGGGACGCCGGCAGCGGCGGAUGAAGGGCCGGGCGCGCGCCGGGCUCCAUUGUGCUGGGCGGCGCGGGGCGGGCAGGGGCUGACGGGGGGGGAUCGGGCCGCCGGCCCCAGCCUGCUGCCGGCCUGGAGAUGGCUCCGCGGGUUCUCCUGGGGACAGUGAGUCGACCCUGCCCAGCCGCCUCGCCCUCCUCCCCCCCUCCUCUCCGCUCCGAGCCUUAGGAGGGGGAGACGCGGAGAGACCGGCUCCGAUGUGGAGCGCCGUGCACGGCGCGAGCUCCGGGCUUGCACGUCGAGGAGGUUUUUUUCUACAUAGCUUUUUUUCUAACGUGAGCGCAGGGAAGCAGUGGCAUUGCUGCUUUUAGGAUUUUUAUUUUCUCGUAGGGAAUCUCUGUACAAAGUGCACGCACGUCGCAUCGGGUUACACGCUCCACCCCCCAAGGGAGCCGGUGUGGUGGAGGAAUUCGAACCCGCAGCCUUAGUCGCGCCGAGAGGCCGAGCUGCCUGGCGUUCCCGGAGUGUCGGGGAGGACGAGAGCGGAAUGACCACCGAACUCAUUUUUUAUAGGACUCGGUGAAGCCGGAUUCUGCGUUUUCCGACAGACACACGUAGACUCAUUUUUGUGGAAUAGAGUUGACCGCCGCCUCCUCCGCGCAGCAUUUAAACUCUAAUAAGCAGAUGCCGCCUCUGUUUGAACGUUCCGGUGUUUACGAGAGAGAUCGUUUCACCCAAGGGAUCUAAUCGAGUUAUCAGCACCACUGAAAUACCUCCAGAAAAAAGGAUCUCGGGGGGUGGAAAAGCAACUGCGAAAUAGCAGGACGGAGACAUUCCUUUGGAAGUUACUCUGUAGCAGCACAGCAGAAACUUCAGAGCGAGUUUUCACUGGGCAAAAUGGGGGAACAACCCAUCUUCAGCACUCGAGCUCAUGUCUUCCAGAUUGACCCAAACACGAAGAAGAACUGGGUCCCCACCAGCAAGCAUGCAGUUACUGUGUCUUAUUUCUAUGACAGCACAAGGAAUGUGUAUAGGAUAAUCAGUUUAGAUGGCUCAAAGGCAAUAAUUAAUAGCACCAUCACCCCAAACAUGACAUUUACUAAAACAUCUCAGAAGUUUGGCCAGUGGGCCGAUAGCCGGGCAAACACUGUUUAUGGACUGGGAUUCUCCUCUGAGCACCAUCUUUCUAAAUUCGCAGAAAAGUUUCAGGAAUUUAAAGAAGCUGCUCGACUAGCAAAGGAGAAAUCACAGGAAAAGAUGGAACUUACCAGUACACCUUCACAGGAAUCAGCAGGCGGAGAUCUUCAGUCUCCUUUAACACCAGAAAGUAUCAAUGGAACAGAUGAUGAAAGAACACCUGAUGUGACACAGAACUCAGAGCCAAGGGCUGAACCAACUCAGAAUGCAUUGCCAUUUUCACAUAGUUCAGCAAUCAGCAAACAUUGGGAGGCUGAACUGGCUACCCUCAAAGGAAAUAAUGCCAAACUCACUGCAGCCCUGUUGGAGUCCACUGCCAAUGUGAAACAAUGGAAACAGCAACUUGCUGCAUAUCAGGAGGAAGCAGAACGUCUGCACAAGCGAGUGACUGAGCUUGAAUGUGUUAGUAGCCAAGCUAAUGCAGUGCAUACUCAUAAGACAGAAUUAAAUCAAACAAUACAAGAACUGGAAGAGACGCUGAAAGUGAAGGAAGAGGAAAUAGAAAGAUUAAAACAAGAAAUUGAUAAUGCCAGAGAACUACAAGAACAGAGGGAUUCUUUGACUCAGAAACUACAGGAAGUAGAGAUUCGGAACAAAGACCUGGAGGGACAACUGUCUGACUUAGAGCAACGUCUGGAGAAAAGUCAGAAUGAACAAGAAGCUUUUCGCAAUAACCUGAAGACACUCUUAGAAAUUCUUGAUGGAAAAAUAUUUGAACUAACAGAAUUACGAGAUAACUUGGCCAAGCUACUAGAAUGCAGCUAAGGAAAGUUAAAUUUCAGUGCCAAUUGAUUAAAAAAUAUACUGUCUCUCUUCAUAGGACUGUUUGGGCUCUGCAUCAAGAUCGCACAUAAAAUUUGAAUAUCACUCCUUCUCCAGGAGGAUGAUCUUUUGAAAAUUGGAAUUGUAUAUUUCAGUGUAAAUUUUAGAAUUCAGCUUGUAGCUAGUUGGGGAAAAAAAGAGAUGAAAAACUUGAACUACAAAUUACCUCCAUGUAUAUUAUUGGCCAUAGUUAACUAGAAAGUUAUAAAUAGACACUUAAUGCAAUCUUUUUUUUUUUCUUUCUGAUAUUAGCUAAUGGGAGAAUUAACAGUGUCUGGGUCAUAUCCCCUUUUUGUGUUCAACACAGUGAAGGUUAUCUGCUUUUUAAAUUUAUUUAUUUAUGAUAUCUAAAGCUGUGUUUUGUGCAAAAACUUAGUGAUGAAAGCCCUGUCUUCUGUUGUAAUCUGAAUAAUUUCUCAGGAUAUUUUUGCACUGUGAGAAGCAGUGCCAUUACCAAUUAAUUCUUGCCAGGAGUGAGAGAGAGCUGCAUCUUUAAUUGAAACAUACUUACUAGAACUGGGUGUAUAGAGUUCUUCCCUUUUUUUAUACUGGAAGAUAUUUCACUCGGUGACCACUCUGGUACACUCUGGUGUUCUUUAAUCUUGUCUGCUGUAUAGUUUACUUUUCCAUAUUGAUUCCAUGUAUUUACGAGAAGAUAUUGUCUCCCAUUUUAUUACACAUUUUAAAGCCAACUAAUGAAGGCAGCUGAGUCCCUCGGAAAUUUUUCUUUUUAAAUUUCUAAUAAAUUUAACACACAGUACUGAAAUACAGCAGCCCGUCAUUGACGGUCUGGUCUAGCAAUGUUAAGUAUAUUUACAGAAUAUGCAGUUACAUUUAUUUAUAUAUUUUGCAAGAAAUCUUUUCUGAAUGAUCAAUGCAUUUCAAUUUACAACUAAUAAUGGUAAUUGGGGAACUGUUUAUUACAGAUCAUUUUAAGGUGUAUAGCAAUUUUAAAGGGGAUCCAUUUCCAUCAAACAGCCGAUCAGAGGACUAUGGGGAUUGGAGCCGUGUACUCUGUCUGGGUCUUCACAUCAACCACAUCUCUAGUCAAACCUCACAAGGCAAUAUUCUGAACUGUUAACUAGGCAUUUCAAACAGGAAUUCAAUUCAAUAGGCUCUUCUCAAUGAACAAGUUUUAAUGUUGUUUUGAUGUAAUUUUAAAAGACUUUUAGCAAACAUGCAUUUCUUUAUAGAUUUCUUUUAAGAAGCUAUUUUAAAAGUAAGCCAAGUGCUGUCUAGCCUGCUUAUGGAGUUAGGGAUUGCAUCAGAGUCCAUAUAUUCUUGCUGUACAAUGCCUGUGAUGUUGAGGAGGGUUCUUUUUUAAAGUGUAUGCCUGAGUCUCUGACUCUAUGGAGUCUACAAAUGCACUGACUUUGUACCCCAAAAUGAUGGAAUUGUUAAGUACAAAAUUAAGCUGAUGAAUCAAUUUGUAACCAUUUUUUCCACUCACAAACAGCAACUCAACACUAGACAAUUUUGUUUUAUAUAUGUAUGUGUAUGUAUGUAAGUACAUACAUAUUAAUUUAUAUUAGAGUGAAAAAUAAAUGGUUUGUUUCUAAAGUUAGUUUCUAAAGUGAGUUUUCAGGUGUCUCUGAAAGGUUUAUAUCAGACACUUAAUCAUCGUGUAUUAUAUGUGCUAUGACAUCAUGUAAGUUACCUCCAUCUAUUUUAUGAUAUUUCCUCACCUAUUUAUUAUAGGGAAGGUAAUUUAGGUACACAAGCUCAGAGUUGAGAUAUUUCUCUGAUAAAUCAGGUAAUAAAAUUUAUUUGAUUGAUGGAAUUUUGAAGUAGAUGUGAUUUUAUCCAUCAGUUCCUGAGUAACAGAGCACCAGAUUUUAAUUUAAAUAGGGGAUAUAAUACUAGGGAUCAGGGAAUUUAGUUACGAAGAGUUAAAAAUUAAACAACAACAACAACAGUGUAAGCUGUUGAAGUGGUAAGUGAAUUAUUUUAAUGAUGUAAUAAGAUAUUUUUAAAUUUUGACAUAGUUGUCAUUUAAUGGGAAAACAACUCACCAAAAUGUCUCCACUUGAAUUGUAUUGAUAUGUGAGACAUGUGUGUAAUUCAAUAUAUACAAUAUAUACAUAUACCCAUAUGUAUAUACAGAAAAUUAUUUUUAAUAUUUUCCUACUGAUAAAUUUAAAAUUGGAAAUUUUGUGAGUUUUUUCCUUGUCCAGUAGGGCCUAAUUUUUUUCUUUUUUUAGUGAUUUAACAAUUUGAGGGCUGCACCUUUAAAUUCCCAGAUUGUCAUUAGACGUGUACAGUAUAUGGGAUAAGGUGGACACAAGUGCACAUAUAAAUAAAAUCUUAAGACUAUUUUAUUCAUUUAUAGUAGGAGAGUAUCUAGAAAUCGUCAUCUACAAAUCAUAAUUAGGUUGUGUGUCUCUUGUAGUUUUCUCCAUUUCUGUAUUAUAUAAAUAAAAGUUUGAAUAUUAAAAUCUGAUUUUUCCCAGAGACAAGUAUUAUAUAAUGUAUCUAUAUUUAGAUCAAACUGUGGUAAUAUAUUUAUCCAAAAAUGAUGCUGGGGACUGUAGCCUGAACAUGUGGACUUGAAGUGACACAGGAAAGGAGAGCAGAGAUCGAUCCCAUUGUGUAUAAGUUAUUAUAUGAUAAUUAUGAAUUCUUGUACAAAAAACAACUGAAAAAAGGAAAAACAAAAAUACAGUUUUUAUUUUGAAAUACA